UCUCGCGAGAAAAACAUUAAAAUUAGGGAGGUAGGAGGGGCAAGAGCCAAGGAACAGAAAACAUUUAAAACAGUGUUGCGAAACUGUGUUUCAUGUUAAGAAAAUCGAAAAAAGCAGUAAUAUUGGGCGGUAUGUAAAAGUAUUGGCAGACCUGCAAUGUUGACAAAGAAUACAUGAGAGUGUGUAUAGGCUUGCAGAGGCACUGUAGUGUUUACGCUAUUUAACGUGCCCAGCAGAUUAAAAAGGACUCUUGUACUCACAGCGAGUAUCUCUACGAAUGCUAAUCCUGAAUUUGAAUGAAACUACACAUGAAGCCUAACCAUGAGCUCUUUGGGAUAUGUCCUCUGCAAAUGGAAGAGUCAUUUUUGGCCAGCAAAAGUUUUAUCCAAACCCAGCAAGCAAACCAAUAACAGCAAGAUGGAUGUCGAGAUACUCUGCCUGGAUGAACUGGUUCAUGUGCAGUACAAGGACACAAAACCCUUGGUGAAAGUCGAAGUAGAGAAUAUUGCUGCAGAAUUAGCAUCCAAAUCUAAAAACACUGAUACACCUGUAGAGGAGUUGACCUAUCGGAAAGCUCUCAGAAUUGCAUUAGAUAUUUUGAAUGAAGCAUCCACUGCAGUGAGUUCAGUAAAUAAUCAUUGCAACAAUGAAACUAAUAAUACUUCCUCCGAGGAUAUAGUGUUUAAAGAAAUGGAACUAACGAAUGGGAAGAACAUAAAUCAAAAUGCAUCCAGUACCAUCAAUAGGAAAAAGAAACCCUUUGAAAGUAAGAGAAAAAGACUGAAUAUGAAAUCUGAGAAAAUGGAGCACCCAGCACUAAAAAGUGUGAAGAAUGAACAUGACAGUUCCACAAAUAGCACAAAGAAAUCCCCUGAAAACAAAAGGAUGACAUUGAGAAGUCUGAAAACAAAUGAGGGCACAGUUGCAACCAAAACAGAAUUACUUGGGAGGCCUAGACUAACUGGCACAGUUUCAUCUCCAACAACAUCAAACACCCAAAUGCAAGGUUGUGCAGCAAUUUGUGUACAAAGAAAGCGAACAAAAAGUUCAGAGAAACCUUCCAGAAUUUCUCAGGAACAUUUAGAUUCCAGCUGUACUGGACCUCGGUCAGAAGUCUCUUCUGUGGGAGUAAAGUUCAAGAUGGCAUCUGUUUCCAAGGGAAACCUAAUGAAUUUAUCAAAGAAACAUUCACCAAAGUGCAUGGGUGCUGCAAAGAAUUGCAAGGCUACAAACACUAAUGGGCGAGUAAAGAAAGGAGCAGGCAAACUGAAGCCACAGAGCAAGAAGCCUGGUUUGGGAAUACGUCCUGUAACCAGGCUAAGCAAAACCUGCAGGGAUUUGUUAAACUGUCAAACUUCUUCAGAAACAGAGAAUGGCAUGGUCAGCAAAUGUAAUAUUCAAGAUGAGCAAGACUUCUCUCCUGGACUGUCUUCCUCUGAUAUGGAGCUAAGCUCCCCAACAAGUUCUGCACAGGAUAACAUUUUACCAGAGGAGGAGAAUCUAGAAGAUAUGGAACUACCAAGUUUCUUAAACCAUCCAGAUCCUGUUUCAUUUGAACCUGGAAUAUUUGUCUGGUGUAAAUACCAGAAAUUCCCUUACUGGCCGUCAGUGGUCAAAACCAUACGUCGGAAGGAUCGCAGAGCCAGUGUGUUAUUUCUUGAUGAGACAUUGGCAGACCCCGACAAUAAAGCAAAAGGUGUUUCUGUUUCCCUGCGCAACCUAAAGCACUAUGAUUGUACAGAGAAGAAGCAACUUCUCGAAAAGGCCAAAGAAGGCUAUGGUAUUGCUGUUGACUGGUGUAAUGAAAUGAUAUCAGACUACCGGAUUCGGAUGGGGUGUAGCUCAUUUUCUGGAUCUUUUGUGGAAUACUGUACUGCAGCUAUAAGCUACCCUGUUCGGAAGGAGCUGAGAUUUGGCAAAUCACGGUUGUUCUUCCCCACUGUGGAUACCGAAAGUGAAGAUUCACAAACAGAAGUGACUAGCAAAUCUCAUUUAGACAGGAAGUUAUUGCCAGACCGUGCACGAGCAGCAAGGGAUCGUGCAAAUGAAAGACUGGUGGACUUUAUUGUUAAGACCAAGCAGGCUGAGAAUCAUCUUAUGGACAUCCUUGCAGGGAAAAAAAAGUCCCGCUGGUUACAUGAUUUUCAGGUUGCAGACCGACAUACGACCUGUAUAGAGACCUAUCUGGAAGAUGAGGAACAAGUCGAAUAUGUGGUUGCUUAUCUGCAGAAUGUUUGCGAGCAGAUGGGCUGCACAGCACAGAAGCUAAUGAAUAAAGACCCAGCAGCCUUUAUUAUGGAUGUUUUGCUUCCAGAGGCUGUUAUUUUUGCUAUAUCAGCUAUUGACAAAAUUAAUUAUGAGAAAGCAGAAAAGAAGUAUUUGAAUGGCCCCUCUGUCAGUAAAAGGGAAAGAAACUUGUUUGAGGAACAAAUUUUGAAAAAUAAGAAAUCAGAGAAGCUUGGACUCAAGAUGGAAUCAAACGAAGAACAAAGGGAAUGAAAAUUAAACAUGUAUAUAAUGUGAACUACUUUUCUUUGGUACUAUACUGAAGCACUGACCAAUCCUAAGGCUUUUCUUUAUUGUCCAAUUAUAUGGACCGCUCUGUUUGUUCUUUAUGCAUCUAUCAGAAAGCAUACUUUUAAAUAAGCUGUGUCAUAUACAGGGAUAUGUUGACCAUACUUCUUGCAAUUAACAUAAUGUGGAAUGUACCUGAUGACCUUUAUCGUGAUAUAGGCACAAUUUUGCCAGAAUACGUAAGGACAUGAACCUAUUGCUGUGUAUAGUGUUACUGUGAAUAACUAAGCAGUGCCAUCUUCAGACACAACCAGUGAGGUUUAGAUUUGCUUUUCGACUAGGCAAGCUCAAUGUUUAGAAACAUCACCUCUGUUUAUCAGGUUUGAGAUCUCAAAAAAACGCUACAUGAACAAUAAUGUGAGGGUCAACUGGUGAGCUAGGGAGGUAGUGGACCACCUGCUAUGUGCCCAAGACCAGCCUUCUUCCAAAGUGUUGUCUUUGUUGAAAUCUAUAGAAUGUAUAUCUAUAUUUUUUUAUUACAGCUAGAGCUCAUAUUACAUGUAAUGAGGCACAUUAAAAUAUUAUUUUGUAUUUCCUUUUCUGUGAAUAACUUAAUGUUUUAUAGGUGUUGAAUCCUUCUUACUUUCAUUAAAUUCCAGCCUUCUAAAUAAAAAACAUAAUGUUAUCAAUACAACAGGCCUUCUCCCACUCGAAUUACUACCUUACCUCUACAUCUGUGCUUUCUGGUUUAUGUUUAGACAUUAUGUUUGAUAAAGUGAAGAUAUUUCAUUGUAAUAAAUAAAUAUAAAGCUA